AUGGUUCAAGUUCCUACUCGAGCAGUUCCAACGAACAGAAGAGCAAUCAUCCUUGCCAUUUUCAUCGCGUUCGGCUUCCUCUUUGGCUAUGACAUUGGUGUCAUUUCGGGAUGUCUGAUUAUGCCGGACUUCCAACGCCGCUUCGGCACGGUGGUUGAUGGCCAACCAACGCUUUCGAGCUCGAGGCAGUCGAUCAUUACCUCGCUGUUGUCUGCAGGAACGUUUGUCGGCUCGCUAUGCCAGGCUUUCACAUCAGACAGCAUGGGUCGAAGAGGUUCAAUUCUGCUCUGGUCGGGCAUCUUCACGAUCGGCGUUAUUAUCCAGACGGCGACUACCUAUUCCCUUGCCCAGAUCACCAUUGGUCGGUUCAUUGCUGGGUUAGGCGUCGGUGCACUCUCAGCUAUUGUGCCCCUGUACAAUGGAGAGACCUCGCCGAAGGCCAUCCGCGGUAUGAUGAUUGUACUAUACCAGUUCCAGAUCAUCAUUGGCAUCUUCGUCAGCUAUGUCAUCGAUCUCGGAACCCACUCGAUCAACUCAUCUGCGUCUUGGCGCAUCCCCGUCGGGCUGCAGAUGCUUUGGGGCCUGAUUCUCCUCUCGGGUAUCUUCUUCUUGCCGGAGUCCCCGCGUCAUCUGCUCGGGCGAGGCAGGAUCGACGAGUGCAGGGCGGUGAUCGCGGAGCUGAACAGUGUGCCGGUAGAUGACCCGCUCGUCGGCGAGACGCUUGAGGAGCUCCAGAUCGGUAUCAAUGCCGAGAACGAGGGCGGCAAGGCGGGCUGGCUCGAGUGUUUCUCGACGCGUAAUGCGCUCUGGUGGCGCACGACGAACGGCAUGAUGCUGCAGUUUAUUCAGCAGCUUAACGGGCAGAACUUUUACUACUACUACGGCGACACUUUCUUCCAAAGCGCUGGUACCCAACUGAGCCCAUAUGUCAUCCAAACCAUCCUCGGCGCCGUCUCCGUCGCGGGCACAAUCCCCGCGCUGUACCUCAUCGACAACCUCGGGCGGCGCAGGUCGCUCCUCAUCGGCUCUCUGCUCGAAGCCACGUGCGCGAUCAUCGCGGGCCUCGUGGGGCACUACACGCUCGCGCCCGCGGGUACGGCCGCGAGCCUGCUCACGCCGCGCAACAAGUCGGGCGGGGACGUGCUGAUUGCGUUCGCGGUGCUGCAUGUAUUCGCGUACUCGAUGUUCUGGGGCCCGACGCCGUGGGUGUACCUCGGCGAGUCGUUCCCGCUGCGGGUGAGGCCGAAGGCGAUUGCGCUGGGGAGUGCGACGAAUUGGCUCUGGAACUUCCUAUUGUCGUUCUUCUCGCCUCGUAUCGCUGCUGACAUCGGCCCCCUCAUCCUGCUCAUCUUCUUCGGCAUGCUCGUCUUUGGCUGGUUCUACGUCUUCUUUGCUAUCCCCGAGACGAAGGGUCUCAGUCUCGAAGAGGUCGACGAGAUGUACCGCGCUGGCGUCAAGCCGUGGCAGUCGUCCAAGUUCGUGCCGUCCGUGGGCCGCGUUCAUGACACCGCGACGUCCGAAAAUGAGGUGCGGGAUGCUGACGAGAAGAAAUCUUCGUCGGCAUAGUGCACGUGUAGCUUAUAAGCUUCAGUUGUUGCUUGUGCUAGUGCAGGGAACAGUUUACAGUACCCCGUUACAAUAUUCAAAAUGA